AUGAAAUUUCAAAACAGGAAGUCAUCAAAGUCGAAGAUUAAGGGUCCCCCUUGUUUCCAUGGACUAAGAAGAAAUCUUCCCCCCCUUUGCACCCAAUCUGUGUCUUCACAAGGAAGGGUCGCCAGGGCUUGGAAAAAAUUGGCUCGGAAAUGUUCCAGAGCCAAAGCAAAGCUCAAGAGAAGGCUUCCUUUUCGCCGUGGUAAGACGGCUACUCCGCUGGUUAGCGGAGACGGUGUUGUUGCUGUUGUCAGAUCAGUGGGUGCUGUUAGUGGUCAAUCAAAGGUGAGACACAGAAGCAUACGUCGCUCUAUGCAGUCCAGAUUCUCGUGGAUUCUGGCCAGAUCCCAUGAGUCGAGAUCGCAUAGGAGUGCUGGAUGCUUCUCUGCUUCACAGAUGGUUCUACUGAUGGUGCUGCUGAUGCUGGAGGUACUGGUUGCAAAACGCAACAAUUCAAUGCAGAUCUUGCAUUUCGCAGCCGAACUGCAGGUGGUCUGGCCAACCACUUGUACUGCUGUUGGUAUGUCUUCGAUGACGUUGCCCUUCUUGAAACUAAUGAGACUCAUUGUCCGUCUGAAAUCAUGGGUUUCCAAGAGAAGUGCAGCCGUUUAUCCUGAUAGGGUGCUCAAGGAGGUGAUUCAUGAGAGGUACUACCAUCUGUUGACAGUGCAGUUGGUUACGCAGGCGUUCGCACCUUCGUACUUCAACAUGCAGUAUCCGCUCAUUCUAAUCACUCUUCCAACACCCAUUCCUCCAGUUCAGACAUUGAGGCACGUCAAGGUCUGUCAAACUAUGGCGGCUGCGUUGGUGUCGCAGCUGCCAUCCACCCUGGCUACCCAGGAAGAGUACUCUUUGUGUACUCCCUACACCAUUUACAAGUCCGCCUUGGACGUUUGUGCUGGUCGGGAUGUUGCAGGUGCCAAUGCUAACGCAUUAGUCGCUGCAAUUACUGUUCUGCAGCGAGUGGAUUAUUUUGUCCACAAGGUGGAUGAUGAUGUCCACAAGGUGGAUGAUGAUUUCCACAAGGUGGAUGAUUUUUUCCACAAUGUAGUCGGGAAUAUUCCCUCUCAGGUUUGGAUGCCCAUAAAUGUUUGCACACCAACUUGCAAGCCUUGGUAUGAGUAUUGUGAAGAUGAUGGUUAUUCUGACGACGAAUUUACUUCUCAAGUGCUGGCUAGUAUGUCAGAAUUGUGUGUUACUAAUUCCGUUGAGUUAGCGCCCGUUUCACUCGCUCACGCUGAUGUGGAACCUUCAGAAGCUGUCGUAGGAGGUAGCGGCUCAAAGGGAUAUGAUGGACAUACAAACUGGAGGAAAAAGCCAAGACGAAGAAAGAGACCUCAACGGAAGAAAUCAACAUACUUGAGGUGUACAGUUGACAAGUAUGAAGAGGUGAAGGUGGUCCUCAAAGGGGAUGUUCUUCCCAAAGUAGAUGAGGUCCACAAGAUGGAUAAGGUCCACAUGAUGGAUGAGGUCCACAACACAGUAGUGGAUACUCGCUUCCGAAAUUGGAUGCCCGUCAAUGUUUGCACACCAACUCGCAAGCCUUGGUAUGAGUUUUGCGAGGAUGUCGGUGAUUCGGACAACGACCUCCCUUUUUAA